GGCGGCUCAGUACGGCUGCGCCCUGGCGGGGGCCGCGCUGCAGAGGAACGGGGCGAGCGCCGAGGCCGUGGCCCGCGUGCGGCAGCUGGAGGCGCACCUCAGCCUGGGCCGCAAGCUGCUGCGCCUGGGCGGCUCGGCCGACGCGCUGGAGGCGGCGAAGCGAGCCAUCCACCUGUCGGACGCGGUGCUGCGCUUCUGCCUCACGCUCAGCCACCUCAACAGGGCCAUGUACCUGGCCUGCGACAACGUCCUCUGGGCCGGCAAGGCCGGCUUGGCCCCCGCCGUGGACCAGGAGAAGUGGAGCCAGAGGUCCUUCAGGUAUUACCUCUUCGCCCUGAUCGUCAACCUGAGCCGGGACGCCUACGAGAUCCGGGCGCUGAUGGAGCGCGAGGCGGGCGGGCAGCGGGCGAAAGGCGCCGAGGCCGGGCGGCAGCAGCGGCGCCGCGCCGAGGCCGGGCUCCAGCAGCUGGGGCUGAGGCUCCAGCUCGAGCUGCGGCUGCUGCUCCGCGUCCUUCGGAGCAACCCCCCGCUGCUGCUGGACGUGCUGAAGAACGCCUGCGACCUCUUCAUCCCCCUGGACAAGCUGGGGCUCUACAGGAGCAGCCCGGCCUUCGUGGGGCUGUGCGGCCUCGCCUCCUCCGUCCUCUCCAUCCUCACCAUCCUGCACCCCUGGCUCAAGCUGAAGCCGUAGCCGCGCUCGGGGCCCGCUGCAGGGCUCCCUGGCUCAGAACCAGCCUGGGCAGAGAGCGGGGGACGUUUGGGGGUGCUGGGUCCGGCCGCGCGUUCGCCGA